GGACUUACAGUUCCGAGACAGGGACUGCGCAGGCGCGUUCCGGGACCCGGCGGAGGAAGGGAAGGCCUGGCUGUCCAGCGGAAUCCGCCUGGACGCACGGACCUCGCGGACCCGACCGGAGCAGAGAAGACUCAAGUGCAAAGAGCUGAGGUGCUUACACGACCACCGCACAGGAACGAAGCGUCGGAGUGUGGAAUCGAGACCUGUUCUACUGCACUCCAGAGCACAUGUUCUUUCUACUCUGCCAUAAUGUUUGGGACAAAAUUGAAUCAUGAGGGUUUUUUUUUUUUCCAUUACAAAUGUAACACAUCGCUCCUGCGUACGGCUGGGAUGAGUCACUGGCACCAGACGUGCCCUCCUGCGAAAAACAGCUAUGAAACUGGACAAAAUACAGGAGGGCCACUGUUUUCAGGCGUUGAACAGUGGAAAGAGGACUGCGAUCCUUGAGAAGAGAUGAUGGUGAAGACUCAGAGACAAGCUCUGUGACUAUUCGAGAGACACCUCGAAAAAAGAGCAUUUCUGAAGAUUCAGCUUCCCCAGUAGAGGGACCUUUAAGGGCCAUGCUUGGAGAUGCCCAGGUGGGGAAACCCUUGGCAUGUCACUAUCGGUCGGAGGACGCAAGAAAGCAGGAGAGGCAUUUGAGGUGUUUAUUUGCUACUCCCAAGGGAGACACCUCAGGGGAGAGAGGCCUUGGGUGUAACGAGCUUGGGAGAAGCCUCCGGCAGGCCUCUGCCCUCAUCAGGAAGCAACGAGUGCCCUUUGGAGACAGGCCCCAGAAGUGGGGCAGGCCCUGGAAGAGCUUGAAACGCCAAAGGAUGUUCGUGGAGAAGAAACCAUUUAACUGCACGGAAUGUGGGAAAGCCUUCAUUUACCAUUCAGACUAUAUUCUCCAUCAGCGAAUUCACACCGGGGAGAAGCCCUACAGGUGCCGUGACUGUGGGAAGGCGUUCAGCAACAGCUCGUAUUUCAUUCAGCACCACAUCAUCCAAACAGGCGAGAAGCCCUAUGCCUGCCGUGCAUGUGGCAAGACCUUCACUCAGAGCUCUUCACUUACCGAGCAUCAGAGGAUUCACACCGGAGAGAAGCCCUACAAAUGCAAGGACUGCGGGAAGGCCUUCACACAGAGCUCAUCCCUCAUCAAACACCAGCGGUGCCACACCGGGGAGAAGCCCUAUAAAUGCGGCCGGUGUGGGAAGUUCUACUCGCAGGUCUCCCACCUCACCCGCCACCAGAAAAUCCACACGGGGGAGAAGCCCUACCAAUGUGGAGAGUGCGGCAAGGCCUUCUGUCACACCUCCUCCCUGACCCAACACCAGACCACCCACACCGGGGAGAAACCCUACAAAUGUAACGAGUGUGGGAAAACGUUCAGCCACAGCUCAUCCCUGACUGAGCACCAGCGAGUCCACACUGGAGAAAAACCCUAUGAGUGCACUGAUUGUGGCAAAGCCUUCAGCCACAGCUCGUCCCUGACCCAGCAUCAGUGAAUUCACACUGGCGAGAAGCCCUACGCGUGUCACAAGUGCGGGAAGGCUUACACGCAGAUUUCCCACCUCAUGAGGCACCAGAGCACUCACGUGGGGGAAAAGCCUUACGUAUGCAACGAAUGUGGGAAGGCUUUCAGCCACACCUCAUCCUUUACUCAGCACCAGACCAUCCACACCGGUGAGAAGCCCUACAAAUGUACGGAGUGUGGGAAAACCUUCAGCCAGAACUCCUCCCUCACACGCCACCAGAGGAUUCACACAGGGGAGAAACCCUAUGAAUGUAAAGUGUGUGGGAAAGCCUAUACCCAGAUCUCCCACCUCAUUCAACACCAGAGGAUUCACACUGGAAAGAGGCCCUACGAGUGCAGCGAGUGUGGGAAAGCCUUCAGCCAGAGCACGCACCUCAUUGAGCACCAGAAGAUCCACACUGGCGAGAAGCCCUAUAAGUGUAAGGAGUGUGGGAAAACCUUCAGUCACAACUCAUCCCUCACUCAACAUCAGAAGAUUCACACCGGCGAGAAGCCCUACGCCUGCAAGGAAUGUGGGAAGGCCUUCAACCAGAGCAUCCACUUAAUCCAACACCAAAGGAUUCACACUGGAGAGAAGCCUUACAAGUGUAGUGACUGUGGGAGAACCUGUACCCAGAUCUCACACCUUCUCCAACAUCAGAAGGUCCACACUGGCAGCAAACGCUACGCAUGUGAGGAGUGUGGAGAGGGUUUCAGCUGGAGUUCACACCUGACUGAACACCAGAGGCUUCAUACUGGCCAGAAUGCCUACCUCUGUGAUGAUUUUGAGAAAGCCUUUGCUUGGGGCACACAGCUUGCUGAACAUCAGAGAACUCAUGCUGAUUAGACAACCUGAGUGUGUGAUGAGCUGGCUGUCCUGCUGUUAGGUUCCAUCCCACCUUCAUCAACACUAGGAACCCUAGGAAAAAUUUUGCCUUCAGGAACAGAUGGAUCCAGGUGCAUAAAUGGCCUUUCAGCAAUCUGCUCUUCAUCAACACUAGGAACUCCCCAGAGAAGGAUGCUGGCGCCAUAUGUUGAGACGGUUUGUUCCUUUGUUCCCUAGAGGGAAGGUGGCACAGUUUUUCACUAACUGCGACAGGUUCUGAUCAUUCUGGGGGCUUCCCUUGCAUAUUUCCUCCACCCUGCCAUGUCCCUAGAUCGUGGUAUAGUUAGAGGGUGGUCCAAAAGGGAUGCCAUUUCAUCUGGGACCUUCACCAAGAACAGCUCUCUCCAAGCUUCUUAAACUGAUUCAUCCUUCCUUAUACUGGAGCCUGAGCUGGGCGCGGUGGCUCACACCUGUAAUCCCAGCACUUUGGGAGGCCGAGGUGGGUGGAUCACGAGGUCAGGAGAUUGAGACCAUCCUGGCUAACAAGGUGAAACCCCUUCUCUACUAAAAAUACAAAAAUUAUCCAGGCGUGGUGGUGGGCGCCUGUAGUCCCAGCUACUCGGGAGGCUGAGGCAGGAGAAUGGCAUGAACCCGGGAGGUGGAGCUUGCAGUGAACCGAGAUUGCGCCACUGCAUUCCAGCCUGGGCAACAGAGCAAGACUCCAUCUCAAAAAAAAAAAGAAACUUAAACUGGAGCCUGAAUAUUCAAUGGGGGAAGACAGCUAUAAAGAUUAACCCUUUAAAGUAACAUUUUUAGUUUCCUUUGAAACUUUAAGCUACAAAUAUCAGAAUCUGCAGUUGGCUUAAACAAUAAAUAUGUUUCAUAUAAAUAUGGAUAUAAAUAUAAAUGUUUCACAUAUUUAUAGACAUUUUUAAUGUCCUAUUGUUUCUGUUUAUUAUGUUUCCAGGAUCUAUGCUUUACAAAGCUAUUGUUCUGUUCUUUUAUUUAUUUAUUUAUUUAUUUAUUUUUUGAGACAGAAUAUUGCUGUGUUACCAGGCUGGAGUGCAGUGGCAUGAUCUCAGCUCACUGCAGCCUCCACCUCCUGGGUUCAAGCGAUUCUCCUACAUUAGCCUCCCAAGAAGCUGGGAUUACAGGCACCUGCCACCACUCCCAGCUAAUUUUUGUUAUUUUUAGUAGACGUGGGGUUACACCAUGUUGGCCAGGCUGGUCUCAAACACCUGGCCUCAUGUGAUCCUCCUCCGUCGGCCUCCCAAAGUGUUGGGAUUACAGGCGUGAGCUCCCGUGCCCGGCCUACAAAGUGAUUGUUCUAUUAAGCGUCAUGUUGUUAAGCAUCACUGUUUAUUCACGCCCAAGGGGAGAUUUUUUAUUUUGUUAUUAUUUUUUUGAGACAGAGUCUUAAUCUGUCGCCCAGGCUGGAGUGCAGUGGCGUGACCUUGGCUCACUGUAAGCCCCACCUCCCAAGGGGAGACUUUUAAUCAUAUUUUUAAAACAUAGUAUUAUUUUUCAUUUAAUAAUUAUAUAUAUAUAUAUUUUUUUUUU